GGCCUUUAAAGAAGCCACUCGUGGUUGCUUCCACUCCGUUGUGUUGGCAGCGGAUUCUUUGACGUCAGAGAAGCCAGUUGAACGGCAUCCAGGGGCACCGCUUCAGUGGUUUUAGUGCAACAGUGAAGUUCAUUUUGUUCAAAUGUGCGACUUUGGGGACAAUUCGGGGAAAAAGGCGCCAAAAACAUGACCGAAUAACUUGCCUGUAGGCCAAGAUGGUGCGAAGUCGCACCCCUUCGCAGGGGGGUGGCUCGCAAGGCUUCGAAAUGGAACGAAAGUACUCAGUACCAUCGAACCCAGAUUCGCGAGCUUUCUCAGGAACCACCAGUGAAGACCUCCACGCCUGGUCCAUCUACAGACAAAACCUCAACUCGGAUUUUACUGACAGUGCCUUGGGCUCGACUGACAAAAGCCCCCUCCCUUAUGGCAACUUCCAAUUACGCGACACCACCGUUCAGUCAAUCUUAUCACACCCGCGAUACGGCCCAAAGUCGGCUUUGGGCUCCAACAUGUACACGUAUUUGAAGUUCGGGCUCCCUCGUGUGUUUCCGCCGAACCAUAACGGAAGCAACCGUUCGGGGACUCCCCAACAUUUCGUCCGGAAUGCCUCGACUCGCCCCCACACGAGAGGCCCAAAAACUCGCGGUUUGCGAGAUGGCAGUUCCGGUUACGAUAGUUCGGAUAAUGAGACCAAUUACAAGCAAAACCGGAAAUACCGCUCCGAUCCAGACUUCCGGAUGCAAAACACACACUAUCACGGGGGAAGUCCCGGAAUUCCUCUCGCGGCAAUGCAACAAGGUGGAGUCCGGACUCAUAAUCAAUGGAACCGGAAUAAAAGUGUCUCGGAGGCUAAUUUACUAGCCGCCGAGUAUGGGCGAGGCUUCCACGUGCCACACCCCCAUCACAGGAGGAACAGUGUGGCCGAGUUUGGGCACCAUCACGACGUGGUGGACAGCCAAAUUGGCCGUCCUGUUUCGAAAGCCGAGAGCCACAUCUCCAUCCCCAUCUCCAGGAGGGGCCCCUCCGUCAUCCGGACCGACUACUUGGGGCAGGACGAGGACCCCGGGACCUCCUUCAUCUACCCCCACCUCCAAGUCGGGGGUAUUGGAGUUUGGCCCAAAAGCAGCCCUUGUUUUGGGUCCAAGCAACACUUGUUGCUCAACGACGUCUCGUUCGAGAUCCGCGGGGGCGAAAUCAUGGCCAUAAUGGCCACGUCCGAGGAAGAGGGCACAGCUCUGCUCGACUUGGUGGCCGGAUACGCGAAACCCGUCGUGGGGGACAUCAUUCUCAAUGGCCAAACCGUCAAAUCGGAAAUGUUGAGAAUUCGCGUCGCGUACGUCCAAAGUGACUCUCAUUUGUGCAAAGACAUGACUGUUAUUCAAACUUUACGGUUCCAUUAUGAUCUCAAGAAGCCCACCGACAAGUUGGGCUAUCUCAAGAUCGAUGCCAUGGAUCGGAUCAACGUUUUGAUCGAGGAUUUGGGCUUGGAGCAAGUGAGGAACACGAAAGUGGCCUCGAUGACGAUCUCGGAGAGGAGAAGGUUGAAUGUGGCUUGUCAUUUGUUGCUCGAUACGGAUAUUGUGGUUUUGGAUCAGCCAACGAGAGGAAUGGACAUUUUUGAUACGUUCUUCUUAGUUGAGUAUUUGAGACAAUGGGCCAAUGGGGGGGCCGGAAAUGCCCUAGGGAGGAUUGUUAUUCUGACGCUGCAUCCGCCCACGUAUGAGAUUUUUACAAUGUUGUCGAGGAUUUUGCUCAUUUCCGCCGGAAGGACCAUGUUUAGUGGGAGGAGGAGGGACAUGUUGCCAUAUUUCGCUCUGGUGGAUUAUCCCUGUCCCUCGUUCAAGAACCCAUCGGAUUAUUAUCUCGACUUAGUGACCCUCGAUGACCUCUCAGCCGAAGCGAUGCUAGAAUCGUCCCAAAGAAUCGAACAAUUGGCUGAGGUUUUCCGCCAAAAACAAGAACCAAUGAGCGACCCAGGUCCCCCCUCAACCCUCCCAAUGACCGUCCGAAACUCAAAUUUUCUAGUACAAGGUUUCGUUUUAUUCACUAAGUCAAUGAUUUACACACAACCGGCAACUUUCAUCACUUGGUUGACCCUCAUCGUAAUUUCAGCGAGUCUCUCGCUGAUCAUUGGUGCAAUAUUCUGGGAUGUGCCUAACACUGACCCCCAAUUAAACUUAAAUGACAGACUUGGGUACCACUACAGUGUGAUGUGCGUCAUGGCGUGGCCACUUUUACUCCUUCUGGCGCUGAGCGAAGUCCAGAGGAAUAAAAAUACGGUGGAGAGGGAUAUCAAGGAUGGGUUGUACUCCCGACUGACUUACAUUGUUUCAAAAAGUAUCAUAAAUCUGCCGCCGUCACUCUUCAUCUGGUUGAUUUACUUGGUCCCGAGUUACUCCAUGUCGGGGCUUUACAUGCAAAGUCUGAACGAUUACGAGGGCUUCUAUGUCUACAUCGGCCUCAUGCUUCUUUAUUUGAUCACAAUUCAAGAAUUUCUCCUCGUUUUCAUCUACUUGGUCCCAUUUCACAACACCGCAGCGACGAUUUCCUCCCUUUUCCUCACCGCCUUCUUCCUCUCCUCCGGCUAUCUAGUCCAUUUCAAAGACUUACCAAAUUACGUGAAAUUCUUGCAAUUUUUGAGUCCCCCAACGUGGACAAUGCCAUACUUACUAAGUCGCGAGUUAUCCCCCGAAGCAAUCGCAAGCAGUUCAGCUCUGAUGUACUGCAGGAACAAGCAAGUCCAACACCAGGAUAUCAUAGUGCAAUUGCCGUGUCCGACCGGAAACGGAACUCAAGUCUUAUCAAAUUACGGAUAUUUGAGCUCGAAUUUGAAGUUUCAUAAUUAUGGGAGUCCCCCAAUAGCGCUGCUUGUUUUCUACUUGAUUUGUUUCGUUGUUGCAUGUUUUGCUUUUGUUUGUCGACGGACGGGCUCGGAGAGGCGGGCCAGAAACGAUGCCAAUAAACCCUAGGUUUUAUUAUUGUUAUUAUUUAUCGAUACGUGAAUAAAUUUUUUAAACAUU